GGUGAUAGACAGAAAUUCUGAAACCAACCGAUAAGAAAAAAACCCAUAUGUGAAUUUAUUUAUAAAUUUCAGCUAAAAAAAAUUAUAAAUGAAAAACAUUAAGCAGCAGCCUCAUGAGUUGGGUUAGGUGUGUAUAUGUGAGAGAAGCUGUUGAUUAGUUGGCUUUAGUCUCUUUCAGCUUUCUCUUGCUUUGGUUCAUCUUUUCUUCUCUCUGUGAGAACUUAAGAGAAUUACUGAACUUUCAGUCCCACAGUUGACCAAGUUCUUGUUUAUCCCCUGUUGCCUUCUCUGUUAGACUUAUCUGAUCUCAAAAUAAAGCAAUCAGCUUCAAAAGCCAAUUACUUUGAUCUACUUUGGAUGCAACCUAGCCAAGUUGGUAUUUUUUUUUUUCUCUUUUAUCACAUCUCAGUAUAUUCACUUCAAAAUCCAUUAGGCCUUUAUCUAGAACUUAUAUAUAUUCGCUGUCUUUUUUGCUUUUAAAUAUCUUCUUUCAUCUCAUUCCUUAAUUUCUGAUCCGGAACUAAAAAGCUUGUUUCUUUCUCUGAAAAGUCAUAAUGGGUCACUGUUUUAGCAAAGACAAGAAAGCUCACCAGCAGCACUAUAAUGGUGCUGAUAGGAUGCAACAUCAUCAAAAAGCCCAGGAACCUGUCACCUACCAGUCUAAAUCCCCUGUCCAGCCAACCUAUCAAUUACCUUCCCAACAGCCGCCUAUACACGUCCCUAGAAAGCCUGCCGCUCCAGCUCCGAGCCCAAAACCAGUCCAAAAACCAGACACAAUUCUUGAAAAGCCAUUUGAAGAUUUGAGAUUGCAUUAUACAAUUGGGAAGGAAUUAGGUAGGGGUCAAUUUGGUGUAACUUAUCUUUGUACUGAGAAUUCAACUGGUAGGCGAUAUGCUUGCAAAUCAAUUUCCAAGAGGAAACUUGUUACCAAAAAUGACAAGGAGGAUAUGAAGAGGGAGAUUCAAAUAAUGCAGCAUUUAAGUGGUCAACCUAAUAUUGUUGAGUUUAAAGGUGCCUACGAGGAUAAACAAUCUGUGCAUCUUGUGAUGGAGCUUUGUGCAGGUGGUGAGUUGUUUGAUAGGAUUAUUGCCAAGGGGCAUUAUAGUGAGAAGGAAGCUGCUGCUAUAUGUAGGGCUAUUGUGAACGUUGUUCAUGCCUGUCAUUUUAUGGGUGUGAUGCAUAGAGAUCUUAAACCUGAGAAUUUCUUAUUGUCUAGUAAGGAUCAGAAUGCUCAUUUAAAGGCCACUGAUUUUGGGCUUUCAGUAUUCAUUGAAGAAGGAAAAGUAUAUCGGGAUAUAGUUGGAAGUGCAUAUUAUGUUGCUCCUGAAGUAUUACGACGAAGAUAUGGAAAGGAAAUAGACAUCUGGAGUGCUGGGGUCAUACUGUAUAUCUUGCUUAGUGGUGUUCCUCCAUUUUGGGCAGAAACUGAGAAAGGCAUAUUUGAUGCCAUUCUACAGGGAGACAUUGACUUUGAUAGUCAACCAUGGCCAUCAAUAUCCAAUGGUGCCAAGGAUCUGGUCCGCAAAAUGCUGACGCAGGAUCCAAAGAAAAGAAUCACUUCUGCUCAAGUUCUAGAGCAUCCAUGGCUCAAGGAAGGUGGAGAAGCCUCAGACAAGCCAAUAGACAGUGCAGUUCUUUCAAGGAUGAAACAAUUUAGAGCAAUGAACAAGCUGAAGAAAAUGGCACUAAAAGUGAUUGCUGAGAAUCUCUCUAAUGAUGAGAUCCAAGGACUAAAGUCGAUGUUCGCAAACAUCGAUACUGACAAUAGUGGCACCAUCACAUAUGAUGAACUAAAGACAGGAUUGGCUCGACUUGGAUCCAAACUUACGGAAGCUGAAGUGAAGCAGCUUAUGGAGGCUGCCGAUGUUGAUGGUAAUGGGACAAUAGACUAUAUCGAAUUUAUCACUGCGACAAUGCAUAGGCACAGGCUAGAAAGAGAGGAACACCUUUACAAAGCCUUUCAAUACUUUGACAAGGACAAUAGCGGGUUCAUCACAACAGACGAACUGGAAACAGCUAUGAAAGACUUCGGUAUGGGUGAUGAUGCUACUAUUAAAGAGAUAAUAUCUGAAGUUGACACAGAUAAUGAUGGUAGAAUCAACUAUGAAGAGUUUUGUGCAAUGAUGAGAACUGGAAACCAGCACCAGGGCAGACUCUUCUAGAUGAAAAAGGACUUAGUACUAUAUUUCUGUACGAGGUAUCCUCUGAUGAAGAGGAAUGUAGAUUAUCCGAAGCCAUUUCCAUAAAUACUUCUCGCUCUCGAAAUACUUCCAAACUGAUAAAUAUAUAAAAUUUUCCCCCAGAAAUACUUCUCGCUCUCGUACUAUAUUUUCUAUUUGUUUUUUGAGUUGGAACCUAAGAGAUGUGCAUAUGUGAUCUUUUCAUUUUUUAAGAUUUUGAGCAAUUUGAUGUUUGAUUGAAAGUUUGAGAAAAUUGAAGGUAUUAUCAAGUUGAUGAAUAAGUUCCAUGUGUUCUUUUUGUA